AGCUUCUAAGCAGUAACCUCAAAGGAGAAGCCAUGGCGAGAAUAAAGGUUCAUGAGCUGAGGGGCAAAUCGAAGACAGAGCUGUUGGCUCAGUUGAAGGAUCUGAAGGCUAAACUUGCCCUUCUCCGUGUUGCUAAAUUCACCGGUGGUGCCCCUAACAAGCUAUCCAAAAUAAAGGUUGUAAGGUUGUCGAUUGCACAGGUUUUAACUGUGAUCUCACAAAAGCAAAAGUCAGUUCUUCGGGAAGCUUACAAGAACAAAAAGUACUUGCCUCUUGACCUUUACCCCAAGAAAACAAGGGUAGUCCACAGACGUUUGACUAAGCACCGGGCAUCCUUGAAGACAGAGAGAGAGAGAAGAAGAAGGAGAUGUAUUUCCCCAUAAGAAAAUAAGCUAUCAAAGUUUAGGAUAGGAUCUACUUCUGCUGAGAUUUUUGUUUUUUGUAUCAAAAUUACUUGUCGAACUUAUC